AUGCAGACGCACCCUGGCAACGGACAGCCAACAAACCAAAGAGCAGCACAAAUGGGCAAGACGAGGAGGACGAGGAGAGCUGGUGGGGAUGGUGGGGAUGGUGCGGCUGGGAUUGAGGUGGCGUGGUUGGCCGUGAACCCGGAUGGAGAUGAUCGAAUCACCCGCAAACAACUGUUGGAUGCAGUGCACUUGAUCGACCACAUCAAGGUCACACAGAAGUGCAACAAGACGUGCAGGUCUGUUCGACACCUCAAGGAUCACAUUCGAAAGUCAAAGGCGCAUGAAGACGAGUACAAGCAACCAUCCUUCAUACCAUGA